CCCGGAGGCCCCCCCCCUGGCGUGCCCGCCCCGGCCGCGGCUGAGGAGGAGGAUGUCCAGAUACACUCGGAAGGCCGUGCCACAGAGCUUGGAGCUGAAAAGAAUAACAAAACACGCUCUAAAUCAUCAUCCCCUUCCAGAGCAGCUGGAUGACAUUUUCCCUACCAAUGGCAGCCAUGAGAAAGACACCAGUUCCCAAAGUGAGUCUGACUCCACACAAGAAUCACCUUGUGCAUCAUCUGACACUGGGAAUUCCACGUCUGCCUUUCCAAGUUACACAGGCACAGGGAUGUCAACCGAAGGCAGCUCGGACUUCUCCUGGGGAUUUGGUGAACUCGACCAAAAUGCCACGGAAAAGGUCCAGGCGAUGUUCACAGCCAUUGACGAGCUCUUGUACGAGCAGAAGCUGAGCGUACAUACCAGGAGUCUGCAGGAAGAGUGCCAACAGUGGGCAGCUAGCUUUCCUCACCUCAGGAUCCUAGGUAGGCAGAUCAUCACGCCAAGUGAAGAGUGCGGCUUGUACCCCAGAUUCCCCUCCGUUACUUCAGCUUCACGCGAGGCAUCCUUGCCUCAAGAAAGAGAUUCGACUAUAUUUGGCAUAAGAGGAAAGAAGUUAAAUUUUUCAUCUUCUUGUGCUCCUAAAGCAUCUUCCAUUGCCAAAUCUAGCAUGCGUGCUCCAGAAAGAGAAGAGGAAGACUGUAUAAUCUCGGAGGGAAUCAUUGAAGAAUACCUCGCAUUUGACCGCACGGAUCUGGAGGAGGGAUGUGAUGGAGCGAGCUCAGGAGGAGCUGCAGAGAAGCAGAGACUAGGGUACCCUCCCGUUGCCCCACUGCACUGCAUGAGAGACGAUGUGCUUGCUCACGUGUUUGACAGCGUGUGGAGCAAGGUUGUGGGCUGCGCGGAGCAGCUGACACGGACUCACUGGGAGGGCUUUGCUUCUGAUUUCCCACCUAACAAGAAUUCUGAUACCAGAUUUUCUCCAGCAAACUCACCGUGGGUAUACUGUGGUUCAGUUCUACAAAUCAAGGUUCCCAUCACCGCCCCCUCCCACCCACCCAUCCACCUUGGCUUCAGUUAGUUUGGUAAGACAGUUCGCAGCACCUUUUCUUUACCAGUUUAUCAUAAAGGAUAUUACAGAGGGUACAGAGGAAGAGAUGCACACAGGAGGUGGGAGGGAAAGGAGUGUGAAGUGUCUGUGCCCACACGGGCACAGCACCCGCCAGGCAGCCCACACUGUGGUUGGCUAUGUGGAAGCUUUCAGAACCCAUUCCUUUUGGAUUUUUAACACAGAUAUGAUGGGUUAUAUCAUUGCCCAAUGGUGAUGUCCUAACCCUUUAGUCCUCUUCUCUUUCUAGAGAAGUGAAAUGGGGCCAAAAUUUGUAAACUUUUAAUAGCAUAGUUGGUUCCCCUGGCAGUCAGCCCCUAUCCUAAGACUGUUCAGCACCCAGCCACCUGUCAUCUUAUUACCAUAUAGAAGACUAUUUUGGAAGUUCCAAGAGCUUUGGGAACAAUGUGCCGAAAACCAGAGCAGAGACCAAAUAUGUAUGUAUUAUUAUAUCACAGUGUAUAUUAUGACAUAAUGUUUAUAUUUUCCACACAAACAUAAUUAAUAAAUAUGCAAAAAUGUAUGGGUAAAUAACCCUAGUCUGUGGUAACUGCACAGUUUGUACUUUCUCUUUGAAUAGAAUUUGUAAGAAAAACCCAUGUGCAAUUGGCAUAUACAUUUUAAACUGUCUAAUUAAAGACUAUUAGAAGCUGUACAAAUUUAAAUUGAGUACUUUGAUCACUUCUGAUCUAUCUAUACUCCAUGAAACCACCAUCCCAGUCUGCUUAGUAACCAUAUCCAUCACCCCCCAAAAAUUCAUGCCCUUUGUAACCCCUCCCUUCUGCCCUUCCCCAGCCCCUUAUUCCCAAGUGAUCAUUACACUGAGUGAAGGAGGCCUGACAAGAAGAGUGGUCUGUCUCCUUGUCACCACAGGGCAGUUUGCCUUUCAUAGGAUGCAGUGGUCUGAUAUGUCAUCUUUUGGACUCACUCCUUUCACUCAAGCAUAGUGAGUUUAUGCUUCUUUGUGUAUUGAUAAUUUACUCCCUUUUUUGAGAACUAAAUUUCAUUACAGCAGAAUUUAUUUAUCCAUUUGUUUGUGGAUGGACAUCGGCUUUAGGCUAUUACAUGUAAAGUGCUUUGAGUAUUAAUGGAUAAAAAUUUGGAGCACAUGUUUCUUUUUCUCUCAGGUAAAAUGCUAGUCUCUAUUUGGUUAGAUGUAUAUAAAACUGAUUUAUAAGCUUGUCUAUGCUACUCAACAAAUUAUCACAAACUUAGUGGCUUCAAAUAAGCUAGAUUUAUUAUCUCUCACAUGUGUGAGUCAGAUGUCCAAGAACAACUUAGCUAGUUUUUCUGCUUUCGGUGCUUUGGAUUUUUUUUUAACAAAGCCGUGUGAUGAAGGUGUUAGCUAAGGCUGGGUU